CUGGCUCCACCUCUUCGACGUUCUUUUUACCCAGCGAGUUAUCAGUUCUCACCUCAUCCUCUGCGACCUCUUAUCAUACCCAAAACGACCAUCUUCGCAAUCACUCGAGUUCUCCAACGCGCGCGAAUCGGAAUGACAUGUGAAAAUCCCGCCCUUGACAAAACCGCGAUUCACCUCAAGCCUGUUUGACCGACACGGCUACGCAGCAGCGCUACCUCCAUUUUCCAUCAGCAGAUCGAUCGCUCUGCCCACCGACCGAAUGUUCCUCCGGGCGCUCUCCUCGUUACUCUUCUUGACACUCAUUAUUCUAUUGGUACCCCUCACUUUCGAUAUUGGCGGACGCGACGCCGGCCUAGCCUUCUCGCUCUCCAUCGCCUCGUUUUACUUCAUCCUCUCGAUCCUGCGGGUAUCUACACCCGACAGUUCUUCGGUCAGGAAGGCAUGCAUAAACAUCCUGCGAGGUGUACAAUGGCUCGUAUUGCCCAGCCUGUGCAUUUGGGCCUUGGGACGGUUUUCCGUUGAUGCCAACAACAGUGGAGGAUGGGUGGAAAGGACGUUUAGGAACAAGAAAGGUUUCCUAGGUUCACACACUGGCUUUUGGGAUUCUGUCUUCGGACGAGAAGGACUACUGGAAAACACCACUCUUGGAAGUUGGGACAUCUUGCUCCGAUGGUCGUCCCCGAUGUUUCAGCUCCUGGAAGGGUUCUGCAGCCUGCUCGUUAUUCAGGCCGUCGGACAAUUGACGAAGUGGCUCGUCAACCGGAGUGAAUGGAGCGAUGCAUGGCUUCUUACCCUUCUAGUAACGUCGGCAGGAGUGGUGUCGAGUUCAGUCUACUUCCUCUGGCGAGUGCUGCAAUUCCCAGAUGUCUCCAACCUCGACUCCACCCUGAUCGGUAUAGCGAUUGCUUCAGCCAUCUUCCUGUGUGGAUAUGGUAUAGUCUCUGGGCGCGGUACAGCGAUGGAAUCGUCUCUGCUCUUCGCCUACAUUGUGCUGUGUAUCUACCAGAUCUUCACCGACUACAAGCCUAACGUCCCUGUGGAAGCCAAUACACCAUCCUCAGCACCCGAUUUUCCCCCAUUUCCACCGAUUAUCAUGUCCUCAUAUACAGCCAUCAUGUAUGCACUAUCAUCACUCCCGGAAGCUCUGGUGAACGCAUUGGACUUCACCAUAGCAGCCUUUAGAGCUGUCACACCUUCGGUUCUCAUCUCGCUCGGUUAUCGGCUGUUCGUCUUCUAUGCGUCGACUCGCAUUAUUCCGGCCAUUAACGAAAGCGGUGCCAGAGGCUUGAGCAUCGAACCAUCUCUUGACGACAGUAAUGCUGGUAACCAGUUCCUGGCAUUCCUUUCGUGGUUUUCGCCGAGCAUUCUCAUCGCAGUCUACACCAGUCUCCUUAUGCAGCAUUUCGCUACCACCAUGGGCGGCUAUACUCCGGGGUUGACAGAGUCAAUCAGUGCUUGGUGGAGUGGAAACGGCCAGCCUGGAAUGAACGGAAAUAUCUGGAAGUGGAUAAAUCUCGUCAUAACAAUGGGGCUGUAUGCGGUUGAAUUGUGGCUCGGCAAAGAAGACGAUAUUGAUGGCGGGCACUGGAAGGUCGAUUGAGAAAAAGGCGACAUUACAAGAUCGUUUCAUUCAGGACAUCUAUCACUUCCUCAGGUGAGCUAGUCACGACGUACCCAACGUCAACUGGGC